CUGUUGGAUGAGCGCCUGGACGCAGGAGUGGCAGAAGCUGUGGCCGCAAACGAGCUGUCCGUUCUUAAUGAUUACCACGAUUGUGAUACUGCGAGAGUGGAGUUGUUUCCGGGCCACGAAGAUGCCUAUUUUGAUCACCAAAAGGCUGUGUAAAGCUGUUUACUGAUCCCUGAGCUGAAGAAACGAAACUUAACAGUCUUUAUCAAACCCCUCCCCAGAGCUGUGCUUUAGCUCUGAAGUCGACGGGCGCGCACAGCAGAGAGAGUGCCAUCUUCCCUCCAGGGGUGUAAAGUUAAACAAUGUCAGGUUCCACGACGCCAGAAAACCUCUUGGAGAGUGAGCUGACGUGCCCGGUGUGCCUGGAUAUUUUCAGGGACCCCCGCCUGCUGCCCUGCGGUCACAACCUCUGUCUCCUCUGUGUCCAGGAGCUGAGGAAACAGCGAGGAAACGGCCAGAGCUUUAGCUGCCCGGAGUGCAGGCAGGAGUGCGCCCCAGACGCCGCCCUGCAGAAGAACCGCAAGCUGGCCAACAUCGCGGAGGAGUUCCGCAAGAACCGGGGGGAAGACCCCGCCGCCGUGUUCUGUGACUGCUGCCUGCAGAAGACGGCGGCGGUGCGGCUCUGCCUGAAGUGCGAGGUGGCCCUGUGCGGUGAUCACGUCAGGCUGCACACGGAGAGGCCGGCUUUCAGAGACCAUACCCUCACGGAGCUGGGGCAGGACCCGGCGAAGAGGAAAUGCCCCGAGCACGGCGAGGUGUUCCGUUUCUACUGCGUGCAAGACGAGGCCGCCCUCUGCUCCUCCUGCACAGUGCAGAGACAACACAAAGGUCACGACAUGAAGACCUACAAAGAGCUAGCGGAAGAGUUUAAGGGGUCUCUUGAAGACUUGCUGCAGAGAGUUAACGGGAAGCUUUCCGAAAACCAGAAGCUCCUGACGGAGCAGGAGAGAAACGAGAAGAUGAUCACAGUAAAGUCCCGUCCUCGUUUGUGAACAUUUGGAAUUGUCUGUUAUUUCUUUAUAAUCUGUGCCGAUCUCUGGGAUAUGCAUUUGGACAUGUUUCUAUCUGGGGGCACAUUUGUC